CCACACUCCACACGGCGCGCUGACGGACACACACACACACACGGUUAGCUGGACCCGCGCGCGCUGUGGGCUCAUACAUAGCGCACGUACGGCUUGAGAGACCACUCACUUACCUUGUCAGAUAAACCUGUGAGGACGACGCCUUUUGUUCCCAUUGUUCAACUUGUCAGCACUCAAUUCCAGUGACCACCGCGAUUUGCCCAAAAGACUUCUCUGGGAAAUAGAAACAUUUCAUUUUAGCAACUUACAGUUCUUUGAAGGCACUAAAGCGAAGUGACCACCACGAUUUUGUCAAGAAAAUUCGGUGGAAGAUAACAACAUAGCCUAAACUUUUCCUUUCAUUACGUUUGGUUCAUUGUAGUCACCAAGUGGAAGUGAUCGCCCAUAUUUUGUCAAGAAAAUUGAUUGGGAUAAAAAUAAUACACCACCUUCUGGUUGUAUCAGCUUGUUGCCUCGCUGGAGAAAAACUUUGUCGCAGUUUGUUGGGGGACAACUGAAGCCUGAAGUUAGAGGAAAUACUGAAUUCCCGGCAAAGUGACGGAACUUUGAUUGUGAAACAUUUGAUUUUCUGAAAACAAUUGUGUUUGUAAAACUGGUGCCGGCAAGACAUCCACUUCUUCAGAAGGAGAAUCAACACUAGAAAAAGUACAGCUCGUCUUUUCUCACAUCAAGAGAAAGCGGAGUAGAUCUACAGCAAUUUGACAAACGACUGACGGAAAUAAAAACAAGAAAAGAAGCAAACUUCUCACUCUUGCUAAAAACUGUGUGUCAAAAACAGUAUGCUUUUGUGAUUUUUUUUUAAUGGUCAAAAGUGACGUAAAUAAGGUUGUCGACUCCUGCUCCAAGGACCUGAUCUGAUGUUUUGUUUUUGGUCACGUUCAUUGAGAUUGUUCAGAACGUUUUGAACUUGACGAAACCCUGAAAAAGACCCCCUGAAGGUCGAGAACCUGGCUCCUAUUAUGACAACUUAUGACACCGAGCUUCUCACUACUGCCUUGUUUCUAGAUUCAAGUUCAAGAUAACUAGAACAACCCCGAUUGCAGCAGCCAAAGAGCAAGAUAACUAAGGCGGAGAAAUACCAUUGAAACAAAAACAAGAGAAGAAGAGAAACACUGCUGUUCGGCUCUAUCGGUUCACCGAUAUUCAUUGAACUUGUGAUAACGAACGAGCUGUCGAGAGCGAUCAAUCAAAGCCGCGCUGGAGGUUGUCUGCUUGCCAUGUGUUUUUAAAACUCGUGGUCUCGGAGCUCGGAGCGGCUGAAGAAAACAGUUGAAAAAUAUUUUCUUUCUUUGUGCGUAUUCAGUUGGUCAGAAAAUCUGUGCACCACCGAGUGGUGAGUGGUGAGUGUGUGCAAUUACACAAUACUCACAGCCAACUUCGUCUAGACACACACACACACACACACACACACACACCAUGGUGAAUAUUUCUCAUCACUCCAACAAAAACUGAUGACUGAUCUUUCUCGUGUGUUGAACUUCUCGUGACAUGACAAGAACGUAGUGUGCUGUCAACAACAACAACGACGACAACAACAACAUUGCCUACAGUAUAUAAGCUGGACCAGAGUCGAGGGUCGUCCUUUCCCUCUCACCCCCAGCUCAGGAACAGUGUCGCUGCUGUUGCUGCUGCUGUUUUAGAGUACGCGAACAACUGGACAGACAGACCCUCUCGUCCUGCCACGACAUUCCGAUCUGACAAACAGAACACACGUACGUCCAUCUUGACCAAAAGACCCACUCGUCAGUCGAGUCGCCAACAUUUCCAGAAUUCAGGGAAAAAAGAAUGCUGACAUCAAUGUAUCCCUCCGCCUCCACAUCCUCCCCGUUCCAAGAACGCAUGCUCAUGUUCCACGGGAAGCAACUCGAAGUGAAACAAGAACGUCUGGAAAGCAUGGAUGACGUCCCCUUGUCGGAGGCUCCCGUAGACAUGACAGUGUCUGGCAAAGACAGCAGUCCCAGCCCCGCCCUCUCUCGCCAGUACACCGCCGCGGACAAAGAGCAAGUGUUUCUGGACGCCAAACAUCGCUUCCGGCCAUAUCCCAUGCCCCACCCGCACCAUAAUCUGAACCACAGUUUUAUGCUGCCCAAAUAUGCAAGAGAUGGGGCGUCGUCUCCAGACGACAGUGUUGUCAACCAAUCAGAGUUCUUAAACGUUGUGGCGCCAAUUCGCCCGGAAGUCGGAUCCUUUCAGAUGAAAGGCAGUGACGGAAAACUGACAAUGCCAUCGAUAUUGGUAAAUAAUGUCGCCAGCCCUGCCUAUAGAAAUGAACUCAUGCCCAUGAAUACUCACCAAAGAGCCAAAAGAGAAUUUGUGCCUGACAAUAAGAAGGAUGAAGGUUACUGGAAUAAAAGACUGAAAAAUAAUGACUCUGCCCGCCGGUCUCGAGUGAAAAGGAAGGCUUUAGAAAAAAUGAUGGAAACUAGGAUGUUAGACUUACAAAAAGAAAAUAUUGAACUUAAACAUGAGAUGCGAGCCUUAAAAAGACGAUUUGGGUUAGACGAAAAUGCGACGCUCUCUGACGACGGGUCUUCAGAAAUGCCAGGGAGGCCUGUCGCUUCCUUUACCGCGUUAUCUCGUCCUUCAUCAUCAUCGCCAUCUCCCGAAAAACUCCAUCCAAACGAUGACCUAGACCAGCAGAGACCCGGGUCAGAUGACUCUCGAUCUAACGACGACUCUCGCAUGUACAACGUGAAUACUCUGAACCACAUGCUGGGCCCGGCCACGAGAGACAGAACCGACUCCAUCGGCAGCAGCACUAGCUCCAUGGGGAGCUCAGCCAGUGGCGCAGGCCAUUCGGCGGUAGCUCUCUCUCUCAACUCUAAACGAAACUUGCUGAGUAGCCGUGCCGGAUCCCACAGUCCUCACUCGCCCAGCCCGCUCCCCCACCGCGUGGACCUUACUGCCAUACGGACAGACAAGUCGGGGGCGCUGGAUCUGACCAGUGAGCACAGCAACCGCUCCACGCCGGCGAGAGACUCCUCAUCCCCCGAGAGUUGUACCAGCGCCCCCGAGGGCAACAACAGCGCUGUGUGUGCCGCCGCCAACAGGAGAUACAGCUUGCUCAGCACCGACGGAAGCAGCCAUGAGGACGGCAACAGCAGCAGCAGCAGCAGCAGCAGCAGUGUCGUCAAAGACUUCAAGAGCUACCCGUUUAAAUGCAGAUUGAAAAAAGAGCUCAAGUCUGCUCAUGACGUGAGUUCCCCGCUGGCUGAGGACUCCUCGGCCCGACACUAGCUCAGCUCGCAGCUCCGUGGUCGACGUUUUGUUUCAGCUAUGGUUUACAGAGGAGAGUUCAACCGAUCCUUUUUUUUCAAGGUCGUCUUAUCGGAGACGGAUGUUAAACUGGAGGUCCCGCUUCUUUAAACAAUAGUGUGUUUCUUCAAGAGGUGUGAAGCCCACAGGAUGGCAAACGGGAAAGAAUAAAUCUGGCUUAAUUGAAGGCUUCACAAACUUUGAACACCAUAAGUCUUAGGUCCAGAGAGUUAGCUUCCCUGCAACAUUCGCAGACCAGACCAUUCAUAUAGAGGCAUCAGUCAUUCAUGUCUUGAACGUUUAAUUAUCGAGCGUUAUCGUGGCUCUCAGAAACAUCGUAUAGGAAGGACAGAAUUUAUUGAUCUCAUCAGACAUUGAUCAUUGUUCGACUCCUUUUGACCGCCGUGAAACUGCCCCCCACGUCACAACGUCACAUUCCCUGGAGAUCUUUACGAUUACCAGAACUGUGUCGACGUUGGGGGGGGGGGGGGAUCACUCAAACAUCACAGUGGAAGAACCAUUCAAGUAAGUUUUGCCGAGAGAAUUUGACAUUUUUGUUUUUGCUCAAGAACUCUGUAAAGUUAGAGCCAUUAUGAAACAAUACAUAGGACCCAAGACCUCGGGCUGGCUGGCCCCAUCACUGGCGGCUGUUUGGGUCCACACGGACCUGUGGAGUCAGUCAGUCACUUUCCGGGAGGCAAUCAUGACGUCACACAGACUCACAGUCCCAGUCACACUCACAGUCAGUUACAGUGCGUACAUGUUACGUGUCUUCAGUUGGGAGAGUUCGUGCUCAGGUCGUCCAAGGUCCGUACAGUGACGCAGCCCUCAAAGAACAAAGUCUUUCUCGUCACUUCUCAUUGAAAGACGACGGAUCGGCCUCUCGCCAACAAAGAAUCAUCGUUUUAUGUAUGCAUUUUUUAAAAUGUGUGUAGCGUAUCUCUUUUUUCUCCUCCUUUUUUCAUCUGAUAGCCACACAUCAUGCUAUUCCCAUUUCUCUACUUUGUAGCUUUGGUUUGUCAUAGUUUGUACAAUAUUUGCCCCAUCUUAUUCAUAUUUUUUGGGGAGAAAUGUUAAAAAAUGGCAUUAUAAUAAUUUGUACCCCUUAUUUUGACAUCUACUUGUGCUUUUCAUUUUUGUAUUUUGUCAUGCGUUAUUUUGAGUGACUUAAAAAUCACUGCCCCUCCUCCCU